ACGCGGCGGGGGGAGAGACCCCCCCCUCCCCCCGCGGGGGGGGAGAGGAGAGCGCUGGGGACGGGGCGGCGGCGGCGCUGGAGGGGCUGAGGCUGGAGGACGAGCCCCCCCCGCAGGAGGAGGAGGAGGAGGGGGGGGGAGGGGCGGCGGCGGUGACGUCAUCGGCGGGGCCGGCGGUGACGUCAGAGACGAUGACGUCAGCGGUGACGGCGGGGGGGCAGCUGAUGUUCUCGCACUGCACCGAUCGGCGCUGGAUCCUCCUGGGCCCCCCCUGCGACCCCCCCCGGGUGCUGGCGCUGCGGAGCUCGGUGCAGGGCGCCAUUGGCCUCCAGAGGUCCGACAGCCUCCCCCGACGCCGCGGGGGGGCCCGGCCGGGACCCCCCCAACCCCCUCGGCCCCGCUCCCACCACGGCCAGGGUGCGCUGGAGGUGCAGCUGGACGCGGAGUCCUACAGUGCCUGUCUCAAACUGGCCGAACUGGAGCGCCGGGUCCGGGAGGCUUUGGCCGAGCGCGAGCGGCUCCUCCGCGCCAGGGAGGCUCGGAAAGCGGCCGAGGCCACGCCCACAGAGGCCACGCCCAUUUGUGGGGAGGCCACGCCCACCCCGGCUGAGGCCACGCCCCCUCCUGAGCCUGACCUGCUCUGUGCCCUGCGGGCCCGGGGCCACCGGCCCGAGGCUGUCGGGGGCCUGCGGAUUUUGGGGGGGGUCCCUGAGGGGGCCCCUGACCAAAAUGGGGGGACGCAUCAAGACCUGGCGGCGCCGCUGGUUCCACCUGGACCCGCAGAGGAGGGUCCUGGCCUAUUAUGGGGGCCAUCGAGGAGGUUUGGUACGACCCCGGGCGCGUGGCCGGGAAGAGCCCCCACCCCCGCCUCACCUUCUGCCUCAAGACCUACGAGCGCCUGUUCUGGCUGGUGGCGCCGAGCGCGGAGGCGCUGCGCAUCUGGAUGGACGCCGUGCUGACGCUGACGCGCGGCGCCGCCGCCUUCUGACGCCGCCGCCCUUCCCGGACUUUGCCCGGAUUUUUGUUGCCCUUUUCCGGCUUUUUUCAGACCUUUCUGGGCCUUUUAUUGCCCUUUUGUUGCCUUUUUAUUGCCU